UAUAGCCUAAUGACGUUGACCUGUAAAGAGGCCCUAUCCAGUGGAGGAAGAAUAUGAAUGUGGGAUUCCACUAGUGCUCCAAUGACUAUACAACAGGGAGGAGAAAAAUCAAGUAGAGAGAGAGAGAGAGAGAUACAGCCCUUGUUCCACUCACUAACUAGAGAGACACUCCCUAGGCCUAUAUCAGGGCGACCAAGCACAUGGGGCGCCAGCCUCCAUAGCGCCGGCCGGGCAAACAGACACCAAGACCCACAGACACAAAGACCGGCACGAGUCACGCUGCGGAGUCAGAGAAGAAAAGAAGAGAAAAACACACACACACACAGUGCAAGUAAACAUGGCGUUGGACAAUGUAUAUAUAUAUAUAUAUAUAUCUCGUGUGCGUCCUGGACACAUGACGAAUACAACUUGAAACUUGGAGUACAACACUAGUCUCAGCCAGGCCUCACAAGUGCAUGUGUUUUAAGGUCCCCAAAAGAGCUCUCCUUUAAAACACCCAGGACCACAUCAGGGGACGCCGAACCAUUUGAUUGCCUUGCCAGACAUCUCGGCUCACUACACAAUCAAUGGUGCUCGCAAUCGGAUGCACUUUUAGGCCAUUUAGGAGACAAAUAGCACAGGAAAACCAGUGCGCACAGCUCCAGCCGACAGUCGAACGGUGAGGUUUUGAGCGAGUUGCAACAAAAUGCACGGGGCUUCUGCAGCCCACAUGACUUUAUUCUGAACGGAGACAAGUCUGCUCACUGGGCCGUUAGCUUUUGGACCAAAAACACGGCUCCGUCGGUGACUUUUGGACCGAUAUUGGCGACCAGAAAACACAAGUGAAAGAGCAUUUGGCCAGCCCGGAGAAGCCGAGCUGGGUGGCUUGAGUCUACAUGGUUCUCAUGUCGCGUUUAAGGCCAGCCCCCUGCACGGUGUGGAGCUUCAAUAGCGCAGAGCAGCGUCUACAGCAAACUACUCCUCACAGACUACCGUAAGUGUGUGUGUUUACCGGACCAAGCGAGAGACAUGGCAGAAGUCGCACCAGCACCCGCCGCCGCGCCGGCCAAGGCACCCAAGAAGAAGGCAGCAGCCAAGCCCAAGAAAGCGGGACCCAGCGUAGGCGAGCUCAUCGUCAAGGCGGUGUCCGCCUCCAAGGAGAGGAGCGGCGUGUCCCUGGCCGCGCUCAAGAAGAGUCUGGCGGCAGGCGGCUACGACGUGGAGAAGAACAACUCCCGUGUCAAGAUCGCCGUCAAGAGCCUCGUCACCAAGGGCACCCUGGUCCAGACCAAGGGCACCGGUGCCUCCGGCUCCUUCAAGCUCAACAAGAAAGCCGUCGAGGCAAAAAAGCCCGCCAAGAAAGCCGCAGCCCCCAAAGCAAAGAAGGUGGCCGCCAAGAAGCCCGCCGCGGCGAAGAAGCCCAAGAAGGUAGCAGCCAAGAAGGCCGUCGCCGCAAAGAAGUCCCCCAAGAAGGCCAAGAAGCCCGCUACACCCAAAAAGGCCGCCAAGAGCCCAAAGAAGGUGAAGAAGCCCGCCGCAGCGGCCAAGAAGGCGGCCAAGAGCCCCAAGAAGGCUACCAAGGCAGCGAAGCCCAAAGCCGCCAAGCCCAAGGCAGCCAAGGCCAAGAAGGCAGCCCCCAAGAAGAAGUAAAGCUAUUACAAACGGUGUUCUACUCGACACAUGUUGUUACCACAAAAGGCUCUUUUAAGAGCCACCCACCUCUUUCCAUAAAAGCGCAUGUCAUUCCA